GCGAGACGAGGGCGAGACGAGGGCGAGACGAGGGCGAGACGAGGGCGAGACGAGGGCGAAUUUAAACAAAUAGGGCGUGUAAAAUUAAGAAUUACUAUCUGAACACUUGCGAUUAUGUCCCCAAAACUUAGAGCUCUGGAAAAGUUAAAGUUUUAAAAUAAGAUUAUGUAUAAUUUUUUGAAAAAAGUAGGAAUUUUCACAUAAGUUCUUUCAAAUAUGUUUCUAAAAUUGUGAAAGUUAGAAAAGUGCCAGAAAGAAUUUGCUGAAGUAUCAUUAUUAUUAUUAUUAUUAUUAUUAUUAUUAUUAUUAUUAUUAUUAUUAUUAU